AUGGCUAACCCAAGAGGGGAGUGCAAGGCCAUCACACUUAGAAGUGGAAAAGGGAUAGAAGAAGCCACCAAAAACCAGGAGAACCACGAAGAAGAAGCUGCAGAAAGGCCUGAAAACAGGAAGAAAGAAGAGGUCCCUAGCCCAUCUUCACCAAAGCCAAUCUUGAAGCCUUAUGUGCCAAAGGCACCAUACCCACAAAGGCUAAGGAAGGAUGGGAAGGACAGCCAGUUUUCCAGAUUUUUGGAAAUCUUCAAAAAGCUCCAAAUCAACAUAUCAUUUGCUGAAGCACUGGAGCAAAUGCCCCUCUACGCAAAGUUCCUGAAGGAGCUCAUGACAAGAAAAAGAAACUGGGGAGAAAAGGAGAUUGUAGUCCUAACUGAGGAAUGUAGUGCCAUCAUACAAAAGAAACUCCCCCAGAAAAUAAAGGACCCAGGGUGUUUCCAAAUCCCUUGCAUCAUAGGGGAUAUCACUAUUGAAAAAGCUUUGUGUGACUUGGGGGCUAGCAUCAAUCUCAUGUCCUUGAACAUGAUGAGAAAGAUGAGAAUUGAGGAAGCCAAACCAACAAGAAUGGCACUCCAACUAGCUGACAGGAUAUUCAAGUUUCCACAUGGAGUGGUGGAAGAUUUAUUGGUGAAGGUGGGAGAAUUCAUCUUCCCAGCUGACUUUGCUGUGCUGGAUAUGGAAGAAAAGGCAAACACUUCAAUUAUCCUAAGAAGGCCAUUCCUAGCUACUGCUAGAGCCAUCAUUGAUGUGCAAAAAAGAGAACUAGUCUUGAGAUUAUAUAAGGAAAAGAUGGUCUUCAAUGUCUUCAAGGCAAUGAGUUAUCCCAAGGAAGCAACAGGAGAAUGCAUGAUGGUGGACACCAUAGAACAAAUAGUCCAAGUAGUUUUGGAAGAAGAGCAAUAUAAAGGAAGUAUGGAAUUGGAGCAACAAGCACUACGUGAAGAACCACCACAAGGAACCAUGGAAAGUUCCAUCAUGAUAAACCACAAAGACAACAAUGGAGAAGAGGCACCAAAACUAGAGCUAAAAACCCUACCUCCAAGCUUGAAAUAUGCCUAUCUAGGUGAUAACAGCACCUACCCAGUGAUCAUCAACUCAAGCUUGGGUAAGGAGCAAGAAUAG